AAGCCCCGGCGGCGGCGGCGCCCGCGUCAGCGCCCUCCUCCCGGGGCCCCGUGCGGCUCUGCUCGCCUCUGCCGCUGCGCUAAUCGGCCCCGCGCCUGGCCCCGCGCCUGGCCCCGCGCCUGGCCCGGCGCGGCCUCCUUCCCGCCCGCCGCUGCCGCCCACCCGCGCCGCCCGGCGCCCGAGCUGCCCGCGGGCUGGGUCCCCGCGGCCCGAGCCGCCCCGGCCGGGCCCCCAAACGAGGCCGAGAUGACUUCCAAGGAGGACGGCAAGGCGGCGCCGGGGGAAGAGCGGCGGCGCAGCCCGCUGGAUCACCUGCCGCCGCCCGCCAACUCCAACAAGCCGCUGACUCCGUUCAGCAUCGAGGACAUCCUCAACAAGCCGUCUGUGCGGAGAAGUUACUCGCUGUGCGGGGCGGCGCACCUGCUGGCGGCGGCGGACAAGCACGCGCCGGGCGGCUUGCCCCUGGCGGGCCGCGCGCUGCUCUCGCAGACCUCGCCGCUGUGCGCGCUGGAGGAGCUCGCCAGCAAGACCUUUAAGGGGCUGGAGGUCAGCGUCCUGCAGGCAGCUGAAGGCCGCGACGGGAUGACCAUCUUUGGGCAGCGACAGACCCCUAAGAAGCGGCGAAAGUCUCGAACAGCCUUCACCAACCACCAGAUCUACGAGUUGGAGAAGCGUUUCCUCUACCAGAAGUACCUGUCCCCCGCCGAUCGCGACCAAAUCGCGCAGCAGCUGGGCCUCACCAACGCUCAGGUCAUCACCUGGUUCCAGAAUCGGCGCGCCAAGCUCAAGCGGGACCUGGAGGAGAUGAAGGCCGACGUGGAGUCCGCCAAGAAACUGGGCCCCAGCGGGCAGAUGGACAUCGUGGCGCUGGCCGAACUCGAGCAGAACUCGGAGGCCGCGGGCGGCGGUGGCGGCGGCUGCGGCAGGGCCAAGUCUAGGCCUGGCUCUCCGGCGCUCCCUCCAGGCGCCCCGCAGGCCCCGGGCGCCGGGCCCCUGCAGCUCUCGCCCGCCUCCCCGCUCACGGACCAGCCGGCCAGCAGCCAGGACUGCUCAGAGGACGAGGAAGACGAAGAGAUCGACGUGGACGAUUGAGCGGUGCCCGGGAUCUUCCAUCGCGCCGGGCCCCUAGCGCCCGUCUGCCCGCCGCCUCCCGGACCGCCGAGGGGAGCUGGGACCUCCUCUGCAACUCCCGCCUUCUUCCCUGUCUCCGGCCCGGACUCAGCUCCCGGCAGCCGCCUCCUCCCUCUCGAAGCAAUAAACCUGAGCUGGCCGGCCGGGCCGGCCGCCGCGCGCGGCCUCCGCCGCCCCGGGAGCCCUUGCCGUGCAAUUCUGUAUGGCUCCUGUAUAAAUAUUUAAACCUAUAUAGCGGGUUCUUCCCACCUCAGCCUGACUUUUUUUUUCUUUCUUUCUUUCUUUUAUUUUUUAAAAUCUCGGAGAUUUCCAUUUUUUCAAAGCUCUCAGGCUGCCGGGUUUGCUGAGGGCGAGGCAGUAUCGAGGGUAACGAACACUGAAGCCCGCGGUCCGGAGGAGGGGGCGCGCCCCGACUGUUUUGAUUUUUCUCUGCAUGUGGCGAAUGCACUGGCCCUCUUCCUCCUCGCCUCCCUAGGCCUAUUGCAGUUGACUUCUUUUAUUUCCAUCUGCCCCUUUUCCCCGCGUGGGAAGGGGCUGAGGGGGACAGCCGGGUCCUGACUUGCAAGUUUCAAAUCGAUCUCUUCUCUCCCUCCACCCCCGUCCCCAGAAGUCUGUUUUCGAUGCCGGUUUCUGCCUCCCAAUGUCCACUAACGCUAUUUUUAAGAUUCCUCCUUACCCUCUCUCGGUUUCCUUGGAUUGACUGCUGGGGUCCGGGUCUUAGGGACAAAGCAGGGGGAAAUCCAACCGAUCAACCAACUAAAACAGAACCCAAAGCCCUAGAAUUAUUUUUUACUCUUUCUAGAAUUUUUUUGCAUGUGACAGAGACUAAGAGGAGGCCAACCUAAGCCCUCACCCCACCUCCUCCGCAGCUCUGGGUCUGUCUUGCAGGUCUCCAACGCCCCGCUCCUAGCUCGCUCGACUUGGCCAGACAAGGGUGACUCGAUGAGGGUGGGUCCUGCGUGCCCCUUCCCUGCUCCUGCCCUCUCCUCUCCGGACUGUACCCAAGGCCUCUUUCUCCGAUAAAUAAAGUCUUUGCCAUUUUACUAGAA